CAUCCUUCAUUACCACUAAGAUAAAAUAUAAUAUUCCAUUAUCUUCUAAUAAUAGUUCUCAUUAUUAUUUCUUUAAUUAAUUUGUAUGGCGAAUCCUUGUUUGUUUUGUUUAUGGUUAAUGUUAAGCUUUGUGGUACUUCAGGUGCAGGGUGAUGGAAGUGUUGGGUGUGAGGUAGAAGAAAGAAGAGCACUUUUGAGACUAAGAGAUGUGUUUAAGUAUCUAAACGGAACCACCCCUCUUCCUUCUUGGGAUGAAGAAAAAGAAACGGAUUGCUGCAUGUGGGAAAGGGUUAAGUGUGACCAAUCCAAUCACCAUGUCACCCAACUCUACCUUAGGGGGAUUAGGCUAUGGAGUAGUUCUGAUGAUUUUUUCCUAAAUGCUUCGCUAUUUCUUCCCUUCCGGGAACUACAGAAUCUGAGCUUAGAUUCAAACAAAAUACGAGGGUUCCAUGAGGUACUAAACUUAAGCAAGUUGCAGGUUUUGGAUUUAAGUUUCAAUUGGUUUGAUGAAAUUCCAAGUUUAGGUUUACUGCGCUCACUUAGGAUCCUUAAUAUGGGAGACAACUCGAUCAAUACUUGGUCUCACUUUGAAGAGCUAACAACUUUGAAACAUCUGGAGUUGCUCAAUUUUGCUUUCAAUUAUCUGAGCGGAAAAGUUCCCAAUGCCCUUGGAUCCUUCACCGCUUUAAAGUUUUUGUCAUUCGAAUACAAUAAUCUAAAUGGCUCAUUGAUAGAUGGAGGCUUCUGCAAAUUGAGAAACCUUCAAGAGUUGGGUUUGGGAUUCAAUACAUUUGAAGGAAGAAUACCUUCAUGUAUUGGCAAUUUGACAUCCCUUCGUACCCUUGAUCUUCAAUCAAAUUACUUCACUGGAACACUUCCUUCGGCCAUUUUUUCUACUCUGAAUUUACUUGAAUAUCUCUCCCUUUCCUUCAACUACUUUGAAGGUUCUUUCUCGUUCAACUCAUUUGGGAACAAUUCCAAACUUGAGGGUUUUGAACUUGAAAACUUUAACAACACCAUGAUGGUAAAUACAGAAAACCCACCUUGGAUGCCUCAAUCUCAGAUCAAAAUAUUUCGAUUACUAAACUGUAAACUCAAUGAGCCUAGCGAGAAUCUACCUAGUUUCCUGUUAAAGCAACGUGAGUUGCUUGUCCUUGACCUUAGCCAUACUGGGGUGAGAGAAAUAUUACCAUCCUGGUUGCUCAUCAAUAACUCAAAUAUGAAAGUUCUCAACCUUGCUGGCAACCUCUUAACAGGAUCUUUUACAUACAACAACCAUCAAACAAAGAAUGAAUACCUCAGGAUGUUAGAUGUUUCUAUGAAUCAAAUCCAAGGGGUACUUCCACACUCUAUAGGUGUUUCAUGUCCAAGUCUCACCGUUUUGAACAUGUCUAUGAAUACAAUACAAGGUGGUAUUCCUCCCUCUAUGGGGGAAUUGACAGAUUUGAUUUCGCUUGACUUGUCAAACAACAAUUUUUCAGGAGAACUGCCACACGAAUUUGUCAAGGGAUGUAUCAGUUUGCAGAUUUUGAAGUUAGAAAACAACAAUUUGCAAGGUAGAGUUCUUCCUGCAAAUUCAAACAUGAGUAGCCUUGAGUAUUUGGGUUUGACAAACAACCGCUUUACGGGUGAGCUCUCUCGUGGCCUACUAAAUAGCAAAUCUUUGUUAGUAUUAGAUUUGAGCAACAACUCAAUCACAGGCAAGAUUCCUAACUGGAUUGGAUACCUUUCAAACCUCAAGGCAAUAGUUUUGUCUCAUAAUUUUCUACAAGGUCCUAUACCAAUGAGCUUUUGCAAGGUGAAGGAAUUGGGCUUUUUAGACUUGUCUAAGAAUAAAUUUACGAAGACUAUACCUGCUUGUUUGAAUGUCUUAUCACUAAGAUACUUGCAUUUGCAUGGCAAUGAAUUUACUGGAUUCGUGCCAAAACUUUUGUCUGAAGCUUCUGCACUUGUGACACUAGACAUGAGAAACAAUAACUUAUUUGGCAGUAUUCCUAAUUGGAUAAGUUCACUCUCAAAUUUGAGGUUUCUUCUCCUAGGAGGAAAUCAACUGGAAGGUUCAAUCCCUUCUCAACUCUGUGACCUUAAGAAUGUUAGCAUGCUUGAUCUUUCCUCAAAUAAUCUUUCUUCCUUUUUGCCUUCUUGCCUGCAUAAAGUACUGUUUGGGAGCAAACCAACAUUUGAUGUCAUGGUUGGGCUUAAUAUAUACGAAUGGUUUCCUGGAUAUCCUCUUAUUAGUACAUACUCGUAUGAAAGCCAACUUCAAAUAGGCCAAUCCUUGGAGUACGAUUAUGACGUUCCAGUUGAGGAAGAAGAAGUGGAAUUUGUAACAAAAAGUAGGUCUGAAUUAUACAAAGGAAACGUAUUGAAGUACAUGUCUGGACUUGAUCUUUCUUUCAACAAUUUUACGGGUCCAAUUCCUCAUGAGAUCGGGUACUUGAGUGAUAUCCACACUUUGAACUUAUCACACAAUCACUUCAUAGGCUCUAUCCCAACUACAUUCUCCAACUUAAAGCAGAUAGAAUGUUUGGACUUGUCUCACAAUAGAUUGAAUGGCCAAAUUCCUCAAGACUUGAUAGAAUUGCACUUUCUGUCAAUAUUUUCUGUGGCAUUCAACAAUUUAUCAGGGAGAAUACCAGACAAGAAUCAAUUCUUAACAUUCGACAACAACAGUUAUGAAGGUAACCCUUUACUUUGUAGACAACUGUUGGGAGAAAGCUGCAACAGCAGCUCUAGCAUUGAACCAUCUUCAUCUUCAGAGCCAAUUAUAGAAGAGAAUGACCCAUUCAAAGAUACAUUUGUGUGGAGUUUUAUAGCAUCUUAUAUUGUAGCAUUUAUAGCUUCAGUUAUUAUUUUUCUAUGCUGUACUGACUAUUCAGAACGGCUACUUAUGUCUGUUCGGGCAAAAUUUGUAGUUUUCAUUUUCUAAUUAAUGUGUGUAAUAAAUUUCCCAUUCAGUAUUCUAAAUCUAUGUACACUUACAUUAAAGAUAACAGUAAUCAAUUUCUUA